GUUUUGGAGUUGGUAAGGAACCUUACGUGUCAGCGGGUGAAUGGACUUCCCAUUUAUUUCUCUCUCUCUCUCUUUCGUCACAUCUUCUCUUUUCCUCCUCCAAUAUCGAGAGCACGACAUCUUCUCUGGCGAUUUUGAUCUCCAUUUUCAUCAUCCAAUCUCGAUCACUCCACUUCUCUGGCGAUUUCGAUCUUCAUCUUCCUCAUCCAAUCUCGAUCACUCCAUCUUCUCUGUCCGGAUUGAAAGACGAAUCUGUUUUGUCUGGAGGAGAUCGAUGACUCAAGACCAAUCGUUUUGGUCAGGAACGGAGAUGGGAUUGAUUCGACUGUGCUCCUCAAACGGAUAAAUCGGUUUUUUCUCACUCUAUGACUCCUGGAGAAACCAUUUCUGUGAGUUCCGCCAGUAUCAAAGGUGCCAUGGCCUUUGAAGUUUCAGAACUAGAGGCGAUGGAAAUUGCUUCUUCCGAAGCCUCAUGUUCUCUUACCUUCUACGAAGAGCUGGUUAACAGAAAUAGAGAUCAGUCUAUCUCUGACUACAUUGUAAUGUUCUUCUGGUUUGUUACUGCUGGUGAAGUACGAACUCGUGCAGAGUUCUUCAAACCUUUUAUAACAGGAUUAUCAAACUCAACGGUUGAUCAGGUUUGUGCACACUUUAUAAAAUAUUCUAUAGAAAGCUUUGAAUCCCCCAUGAUAGUUUUUUUAUCGUAGUUCUGCAAGACAUCGAUUAGGUUUGGAAUUAAAUGGAAUUUAGUGUUAUGGUUUGUGUUAGUUGCGGUGAAGUGAUUGACAUUAGUUUGAGUUGCGGUGAAGUGAUUGCAUUAGUUUAAACUUGCCUUUAACGUUGUGUCUGCUUGUGUUCCACCAUUCAUGAAUCAGUCUGAUAGUGUAGUUUUGAUUUGGCACCAAUGCAGACAAACCUGAGAUCACUGUCUUGUUAGAGUUGUGUCUGCUUGUGUUCCACCAUUCAUGAUCGAUAUAAAGUAGAAGAGUUGUGUCUGCUUGCCAUUAUAAUAUGGUUUUUUGUUCCACCAUUCAUUUUGUUUCAAAAAAAUUUAAGAACCUCAAUGAAGUUCUUCCAUUGGAGGAUGAAAAAAUUAAUUAGACUAACAAGGGUUCUUAGCUUUUCAAAUCACCAAAUUGAAUACUAAUUUAUUCAUUAGAACCCAUUAGGGUCUCUAACCAAUGGACUUGCUCUUAUAUGUGUGUGGAGUCAAAGCAGCAACUGGUCAAUUCGUAAAUUCACGAGUAGGAAAUUAUAUAAUUGGACAAUUUUUUGAAUAAAAUAUUUCUAAAACGAUUAUUCUGUACAAAAGAUACGGUAGUUGAGUUGUUAGAGCAUCAUUUGGGGUUUCUUAAUUUUUUUUUUUUUUACUUUUUUGAAUUUAGAGAAAAAAAAAUUAUAAACGAACCAAUCACGGGCCGCUACAUGUCAGUGGGGCCCGUGAACAGUGUAAGAAACCCUUAAGUACCGACUACUAUUUGGUAGUUUUGGUAACCGGUUUCUUAAAAAAAAAUGGGUCCUACGCGGGAUCCACACGCUAAGAACCCCUCUGGUAUCCUUGGAUAAAGAUGCUCUUAGGAACCUAGUCAAAUUUGAUUUUUGCAUAGGAGACGGAUACGAAGAUGAAUCUACAAGUAAACAGAUUUGUUGAUUAUCUCAAAUUAUCCCAAGUCCUAGCGUUGACCUUAUAGUUGGGUCUUUUAUAAGGUUCUCAACGCUGGCAACAAAAACGCAACUAGAGAAGACAUAUAUCGAAUGGUCUCGAAUAAAGCUAGAAUUUCUGGUACUCUCUGGAGCCACCUGGUCUUGAAGCGACCGUGCAAGUGUCUCAUGGUGUGGUGGUUGUUGAACCUGGAUACAAGGUGUGUCCCGUCUGCUAAUCUGAGCUGGAACGAGGUAGUUAGUGCUGCUGUGUCUACAAAAGCCCUUUUGGUGGUCUUGGUGCUGCGUUCGUUUGUGUGGGUGAAGCUUGUGGUUCUGCAGCUUAUCGUCUCCUAGGGUUCUUUCCUACACAUUGGAAUGAAUUUUUGGGCUUUGUGGUUCCAGUGUGUAAGAGAUGCUAAGAAUCCUUUACAGGUUAAGGGAAUGAGACGUACUGUAUAAUUGUCUUCUGACGAGAUCGAUAUGAAGACGUACGGAUCUUCCUAUCUUUUGAUUCAAGUUCACGGUGGCACUCUGAUCUCGCAAUGCUCUACAAAAGACAACAUAUAUAAUCAGGAUUCCUAGAGUAUCCAAUAAAAUUGAAAGACAAGCAACCUAUUUCAUAACUAGGCUUUAGAGGCAUAUACAUCAGCGAAACAAUAAUGUUUUGCAUUAAACCUUGAAUGGGAAAAGAUUUGAAUUGUUGUGUUUUCA